AGGCAUUGACGUUCUCGUUUGGGCUAAUUGACAUUCCAAGUUUCCAACUGAAGCAUUGUAACAAACAUGAAACCCAACAUGUCAAUAUAAUUUCCUCUUUUCUGGUCUUCCCCUUUGUUCAACAUGGUUAGAUCCUCUUCUUUCAAAGCAGGUAGGCUUUUCUUGAGAAAACACAGGAGAUGGCCACACUCACCUUACAAAGCCAAAUGGCACCAUAUUUUCAAUCAACAACAAGCUAUGCAAAACCUCAAACAAGAAGCCACUUCACUACAAAACCUCCAACAAAAUUCUAAAAGCUCUAAUCUUCUGUCCUCUCUUAUCCACUCCUUUAGUGUCUAUAAUUCCGAACCCACUCCUCAAGCUUUUCACUUUCUCAUCAAAACCCUAACCGAAACUACCCAGCUCCACUACAUCCCCUUGGUUCUUGACCAUCUUGAAAAGAUUGAAAAUUUCGAGACACCCGAAUUCAUUUUAGCCCAUCUUAUUAAAUUUUAUGGCAACGCUAAUGAAAUUCAAAAAGCUAUUGAGCUUUUUUAUAGAAUACCCAAGUUCAGGUGCUUGCCUUCUGUUUACUCGCUUAAUACUCUGCUCUCAGUUCUUUGUAGAUCCAGUCAAGGUCUCGAAAGGGUACCUGAAAUUUUGUUGAGGAGUCGGGUUAUGGGUAUUCGAUUAGAAGAUUCGAGCUUUCGAUUGCUGACUGCUGCCAUUUGUAAAAUUAAGAAGGUAGGCUAUGCUGUUGAGAUAUUUAAUUGUAUGAUAAAUGACGGGUUUGAUGUUGACACAAAAAUAUGUUCUUUGCUAUUGUCGUCAGUUUGUGAACAGGCAGAUGUGUCUAGGGUUGAUGUUAUGGGAUUUUUAGGGCAAUUAAGGAAAUUGGGUUUUUGUCCAGGAAUGGUUGAUUAUAGUAACGUAAUUAGGUUUUUAGUGAGAGGCGGAAUGGGUAUGGAUGCUUUGGAUGUUUUGAAUCAGAUGAAGAUUGAUGGAAUUAAACCUGAUGUUGUUUGCUAUACUAUGGUCUUGAAAGGGGUUAUUGCGAAUGGGUUUUAUUCAAAGGCAGAUGAUCUGUUUGAUGAAUUGCUUGUAUUUGGUUUGGUCCCUGAUGUGUACACUUACAAUGCAUAUGUAGAUGGCUUGUGUAAACAAGAAAAUUUACACGCAGGAAUUAAAAUGAUAGCUUCUAUGGAGGAGUUAGGAUGCAAACCUAAUUUGAUUACUUAUAAUUUAUUAUUGGAGGCAUUAUGCAAGAGCGGAGAAAUUAGCAGAGCAAGGGACCUGAUGAAGGAGAUGGGUAAAAAAGGCAUUGGGCCUAGUAUGCAGACAUACAAGGUUAUGAUUGAUGGUUCGACUUGUAGUGGAAAAAUUAUUGAAGCUUGUGCUUUGUUGGAUGAAGUAUUGGAUAAGGGUUUAUGUGCUGAAAGUUUGAUUUUUGAUGAGAUAAUUUGUGGAUUAUGCCAAAUUGGCUCAAUCUCUAAAGCACUGGAAUUACUUGAGAAAAUGGCUUUGAAGAAUGUUGCACCUGGAGUUAGAGUUUGGAAAGUUCUCCUUAGCUCAAGAUCCUAUAUUAAUUUUGCAGAGGAUACUUUCAUCGGGCUGGUGGAUAAAAAACAAAACUAUGUGCAUAGCUAGAACCUGUCUGCUUGACAUUCUGCUAUGCUAAUGUUCUGGAGAACUGAUUUGUUUGGCGGACACAAGACAAACUCAAUCAAGUUAUCAGAACUAUAAUUUCAAACCAAAUAUCAGUUGAACUCAUGGACUUACUGCCAAUUAUUCUCGACUUCAGCUGGCCAGUCAAGUUGCUGAAGGUACUGACAUGGUUUUAGCACUCUUGGAUUCCUGUUGCAUUUUCAGAUGUAUAUGGUCUGCUACGGGUUUUUUUCUGUGAAUCAAUCAUUCAAGUAAGCAUUCCUGAUGCAACAUCAAAUUAAUUUACUACCGAUUGUGUCUAUCAUUUGAGUUGAAGAUGAACUGUGGGAAACAGCAAAGGAUAAAUGUCUAAAUUGUUCUUGUAAAUAGUUGAAGUUUGAAGGUUAGUACGUAAAAUGUUGGUGGUUAGGCGAACUACCCAUUUUGUUUCUAAAUUUUCCUGUGUUCCAUUCCAUGAUAUGUAUAGUUGAAUACUGAAACUGAUUCUUGCAGCAGUCUCAAUAAGUAUGGGAUUAAUGUUUCGCAAGCUGAAUUGCAUCUUUUGUAGUAUGGUUUUUGCAGGUGGCUUAUGUAAAAUCCACCAGUUCCUUGCUUUACAGGAGACAUUUAGUCCUGAAUAAUGCACUUCACGACGCCUUCCUGGAGCAAGUUGACUGCACAAACCAAGCAUGUUGGUCCGGUUUAAAAAUACAAACCUGUAAGAGGUCUAUUUUAGUUAUUUUCUGUCUCGAUAACGUAUACAUUGGAAUUUGGAACAAGGAAGUUUGAAACCUAUUAUAACAAUUUCUUUUUUUAAGAUUA